UUGAGAAUAUCUUUAAUGGGAUAAUAGCGAAUGGAAACGUCAAAAUGUUAGGUGUUUGUAAUUUUUUGAAAAACUGAAAGACAGGUGCUUUGGUUGUUGUAUUCUUGGCAGUAACACAAAGCUACUUCGUUUGUAUUAGAUAUUCGUUAUGGGGGACAGCAGUGCAGUUUUAAACGAUUCAGCAGGUUGCAUAAAAUCUGGAGGUGUUACAACCAUAUCUGGGCCGUAUGUGAGUCCAGAACAAACCGAAUCAUUCCCACUGAAGCACCAUAUCUAUGAAAGACAUAAAAGAAUCUCUUGGAGAUGUCAUUUUUGUUCAGAAACUGAUGAAAAUGGGGGAAGCCUACGUAUUAUAAUUACAUGCUUUUUUACACUUACUCUUGCUGUGGCAAUAGCAUUAGCUGCCCAAAUUCACUUUGGUGAUUAUCAGUUUACUCCACAUGGAAGUGUUGCUACAGACAGUAUAGAAUGUUCUACUAUUGGGACUGACAUUCUGAAGAAAGGAGGAAAUGCUGUGGAUGCUGCCGUGGCAGCCACAUUGUGCCUUGGUGUCGUCAACCUUCAUGUCACGGGGCUGGGAGGUGGUGGAUUUCUGAUUGUGUAUGACCAUCGGAAGAAGAAAGUUCUGGAUGUUAUAGAUUUUAGAGAAACAGCACCUUCUAGCCUUUCUGAAAGUCUCCUGACAAGUAGUGAAGGUUUGAAAGCCGGGCUACUUGUUGGUGUACCUGGUUUACUUAGAGGACUCGGUUUAGUUCACAGUAUGCAUGGGAAACUUGCAUGGUCAGAGGUUGUGCGUCCAUCAGCAAGAAUUGCAAGGAAUGGCUUUCCUGUUCCCACAAGUUUAAUUUCAUCAAAUAUACAUAUAAAUCCUCAGCUUAAUGAGACCAUUAGGCUCCAGAAUUUCCUCAAGAACAUUGAAGCGGGUGGAAAUCUGACUUUACCAAAGCUUGCAGAUAGUUUUGAGAUGAUAGCUGCUAAUGGACCAGAUGUGCUUUAUAGUGGACAGCUUGCAAAUGCAGUGCUAUCUGCAGUUGAAGCAGCAGGAGGUGUUAUGAAGAAAGAAGAUCUUGAAACAUACCAGCCUAAAAGAAGAAAAGCACUGCAUUCUGUGUUUGGAAGUUUCAAUAUAAUAGUACCAGAUUCUCCUUCUGGUGGACCAUUCCUCUUGGAGACACUAAGGAAAUUAGAUAACAAGAAGAUAGUUGGAAACUUUACUGAAAUGAUACAGGCAUUAACUGCAGCCAUGCAAGAAACAUACAGAACACAAUUCAACUCAUUUGGUGACACGCCUGACAACACCUCUGAUCAUGGGCUUCUCAGUUCAACAGCUUUGUGGAGUUAUCCAGAAGCAGUGGGCUCUCAUGUUGCUGCUGUUGAUCUUAAUGACUUGUAUGUUUCUAUUGUGAGUGGCUUGAAUACCUGGUUUGGUUCACAGCUGUUGACAAAAGAAGGAUUUGUAUUAAAUAAUGCAAUGGAAAAUUUUAAUGCAGGAAGUAAUGCAUUUGCUCCAGGAAAAAGACCUUUCUCACUUGCUACACCAAUUAUAGCAGUACAGAAAGAGGUUUGUGGAAGAAGGCUCAUUUCUGGAGUUGGAGAUGCAGUAGUUGGCAUUCAGCUACUUGUAGAGUACAUAACAAGAGAAAAGAAUAUUAGCACUAGUAUGGAAGCUCCACGUUUUCGGUACAACCCUGUGGAGAACCAGAUUCAAUAUGAAGCAUGGCAUAAACCUGAGAUGAGCAACAAGACGUUAUACCAGCUUCGCCUUUUGAAUUAUAAAGUGAGUGCAAUUCGUGAACCAUACCAGAGCUCAAAUUUGAUAGAAAAAGUUGGUGAUACCUUAUCAUCACGUUCAGAUUCAAGAGGAGGUGGUGUGGCCUCACGUUUUUGAUCUAGAGUUCCCAGUUAUCUUAUGUUGUUACGUCAAAGUAGCCAAAGAUAUUUUGUGAUAUCUAAUUUAUAUUUAUUUAUGCAAAGAAGAUCACAAUGAACAGGGAAGUGUAACUUGUGCAAAUAGCUGAAAACUAAGUAGUAGCCGGAAACAAACUCUGUGAAGUUCAUGAAAUGUGUCAUGCCUUCCAUGAUAGAACUUGUCUAAUAUUUGUAUUCUGCUAUGAGAGAAAAAUAUGGUUAAAGAUUGUAUGGCAUUUGUACAUGGUGCAUGUUUUUGAUUUUACUGCUGUUAUUAAUAUUGUUACUGUUAUUUAUUUAUUUAUUAAAUUGGCUUUGAAAAUAA